AUGUUUGAUGAACUAACUCCAGAGCAAAAAAAAAUUGAACGAAAUGCUGAGCAGCCUGCGUCCAACCAUUUGGAAGAAGAGGUCGGGGAAAACAUUGAUUCAAUUUCUGAAGCGGAAAACAUUCCUCAAAAUAAUUUGGAAAACGAAAUUAUACAAAAAGGAGAAGGUUCAAAUUUGGUAAACGUUAUACACCAAAUAGAAAAGUUCAAUAAAAAGUUUGGUGUAAUAACUAAGGAAAUAACUUUUAAAUUUAAGGACUUUGACGAUGAAAAGGAAUCUUUGUUUGACCACUUGAAUAAGUGUUUCAAAAAAAUAAUUAUGAUUGUAACACAAGGUCGUGACAAACAGGAUUUAAUUGGACUCAAAAUAGCUAUUCCAAGCAUGGAAAAUACAAAACCCAUCGGUUUGAGUUUUAGAAAAAUUGAAACUUUAGAUUCCAAUUCCAUUUUAGAUUUGUUUUCAUCGGUUUCCCAAUCAAAUACCAAUUACAUGGUUACCGAUUUAUUAGAAAUAUCCGCUACAAUUGUGCAAGUACCAUCAGGAAAGGGGCGAAGAAGUAUUGUUGAUAAAGGGAAAACUAAUGAUAAUACAUGUUUACCGCGAUCUAUAUGGGUUGAUUCCCUUAAUUUCUUACCAAUACCUUUGUCCAAAUUUACUUCAGCUUUUGGUCUUGAUAAAAAUGAGGUUAAAGGUUAUUAUCCUUAUUUAUUUAACACGAAAGCAAACUAUAAUUAUGUUGGAGAAAUUCCAAGCACUGAAAUGUUUGCUUUGAAUAAUUUUAACUCACAUGAGCUAGAAAAAUUUUAUUUAUGGUACAACAACUUGAAGAAAUCAAAUUAUGUUUACAAUAACAGAGAAGAGUUAAUAAAAUAUUGCAUCCAAGAUGUAAAUGUAUUACGUCAGGGAUGCUUAAAAUUUAUGAAUGAUUACCUUCAAUUAUUGAAUAUUAACCCUUUCUUUGAAACCUUUACUUUAGCACAAGCUUGUUUGACUGCAUACCAAAAACAUUUUCUAAAAGAAAACACCUUAGGUGUAACUCCCAUUAACAAUUAUAGUAAAAAAAAAAAUCAAUCUUUAAUUGGCCUAAUGUGGCUUGAAUUCAAAAAUCAAGCUAGCUGUGGUAAAAUUAAAUAUGAAUAUGAUUUACCAGAUUGCAACUUUACAGUAGACGGCUUUAAUCCAAACACAAAUACGGUUUAUGAAUUUUUAGGAUGCUUUUACCAUGGAUGCGAAGACUGUUUCUUCGAUAGAAAUUUAGUUGUCCAUGGGUAUAAAAUGCAGGCUAGGUUUGAAAAUGCUAUGUGCAAAAUAGCAGUUUUAAAACAAAGUGGAUAUAAUGUGUGCUGUGAAUGGGAAUGUGCUAUUUUUGGAGGUCGCACCGAAGUAUUUAAAUUAUACUAUAAAAUCCAAGCAAAUGAAAAAAUUUGCUACUAUGACUUCACCUCCCUCUACCCAUAUGUAAACAAAAAUUGUAAAUAUCCAAUAGGACAUCCUAAAAUUUAUAAUUCUCAAGAAUGUUUACAAUUUGAAAAUGAUAUCAGUAAAAUAGACGGUUUAAUUAAAUGUGCGGUUCUACCACCGCAAAACUUAUGGCUGCCAAUCUUACCAAUCCGCGCUAACAACAAAAUGUUGAUGGUUUUAUGUCGCUCAUGCGCGGAAAUGGAAAAUGUGUUGUAUAAAUGUACUCACAACGAUAAAGAAAGAAUGCUUUUUGGCACAUGGACGGAUAUGGAAUUAAAAUUAAGUGUGAAAUACGGGUACACAAUAAUAGAAAUACAUGAAAUUUGGCAUUAUGAUUGCGAAACUUAUGAUUCAAUAUCUAAAACAGGUGGACUUUUUACUGACUACAUGAAUUUUUUUAUAAAAUACAAGACUGAGGGUGCUGGUUAUCCAACUGGUAUACAAACUAAAUCUGAACAAGACGCAUACAUAAAGGAUUUUUUUGAAAAUGAAGGUGUGAUGUUAGAUAAAUCAAAAAUUGCUCUCAAUCCUUCACUGCGAAAUCUGGCGAAACUAAAAUUAAAUUCAUUUUGGGGAAAACUAAUACAACGAAAUGACCGUCAUUCAACAACUGUUGUACAAACCAUCACACAAUUUCAUAAUUUAAUACAUUCAAGCGGUAUAUCAGUAUCGGACAUAUUUACUGCCAGCGAGCACCAGGUGUGGAUCAACUGGAAAUACAAUUAUCCUGAAUUGAAUCCCGUUCUCAAAAAUCAAUGUUUAAUAGUUGGAGCUUUUACGACAGCGCAUGCUCGAUGCUUAUUGUAUAAUGAAAUAACCAAAAUUGGAAAAAAUCUUUUGUAUUGCGAUACGGAUUCUAUGAUUUUUGUUCAGCAUACUGAUAAUGAGUAUGACUUAAAGACAGGUACUUUAAUUGGAGAUUUAACUAACGAAUUUACAUCAUACGGAAAGAAUGUUUACGGCACAGAAUUUGUAUCAACAGGACCCAAAAGUUAUUCAUAUCGUUAUUAUAACCCGGAUACUGACAAAUACGGAGAAGUUGUUAAAUGUAAAGGAAUAACAAGUAAUAAAAAUGGAACAUCACUAAAUUUUGAGCACAUGAAACAAAUAGUUACCGAUCCUUUUGGAAGCAAUAAUUUGUAUUUCGUAACACCAAACAAAAUUAAGCGUAAGAAACAUUUUCACGUUACUUCAGAAGAUGAAAAGAAAAAAUUUGGCUUUACAUUUACGAAACGUGCUUGCCGUGAUAAUUUUGAAACAAUUCCUUAUGGUUUCUUAAACAGUUAA